UUGAUUAUUUGAUUUGCUAGCAACGUAGUGCGGAACUUCAAAAAAAUAAAGCAUAAAAAACAUUUUCAAUUUUAUAUAAAAAUGUCUCCGGUUCCAUACAAGUCAGAUGUAAAUUCCUCCGUUUCCGCGUAUUUAUUGUGCAUCAGCGUUACCGCCGAGUCUGUUGCGUGUAUGUCGGGCUUUAAAUUUUUAUAAUGUCGUGGUUAGGCGAACAAUUUAAAAGGGAAUUUUUAUUGAAUAUUCGUUUGCUUAAACAGUUUUAUCUAAUUUGUGAUUAUGUAAUUAACAAACACUUGAGAAUGCCGACCUAACUCUUCAAGGACCUUACAAAAAUUAAAUUUGAACAAGUGAUCUUAAUUACGUAUAAGCAGUAAACAUUUUAUUAUUACCUAUCAUUAAUUGUUGGUGAUCUGGAUAUAAUGAGUUAGAUUGACCAGCAAGUAUGUCCUAUUCCGAGCUAGAAUAUGGGUAUCAAGGUUUACGUGGUGAUGCUAGAUCAACUCAAUUUUUUCUGGGUGAGAGCGAAUUGGAAGGAUGUGAUCCGAAUCCCUUUAAUGUGGAUUUGGGCGGCCAGGAGAACUGCAAACAGGUCGUGGUGGGAGUUUGCGCGAUGGCGAAGAAGUCCCAAAGUAAACCGAUGAAGGAGAUUCUAACGAGGCUUCAGGAAUUCGAGUAUCUUAAAGUGGUUGUCUUUCCGGAAAACGAAAUACUCGAGAAACCGGUGGAGGAAUGGCACGCCUGUGACUGUCUGAUAUCCUUUCACUCUAAAGGAUUUCCUUUGGAUAAAGCGAUUCAGUAUGCUCAACUUCAUAAUCCUUACGUUAUUAAUAAUUUGCAUAUGCAAUACGAUAUUCAGGAUCGCAGGAGGGUGUAUGCAAUUUUGGAGUCGGAAGGAAUUGAAAUUCCGAGGUAUGCAGUUUUGGAUAGAGAUAACCCGGAUCCGAAAGGUCACGAACUAGUUGAGUCUGAGGAUCAUGUUGAAGUGAACGGAAUAGUUUUUAAUAAACCGUUUGUGGAGAAGCCAGUGUCUGCCGAAGAUCACAAUAUUUAUAUUUAUUACCCUACAUCCGCAGGCGGAGGUAGCCAGAGAUUGUUUCGAAAGAGUGAUCGUUGUGGUUAUAUAAAGCACACUAAUCUCUUAUUCUCAUCUGGAAAGCCGAUCAAAAUAGGUAGUCGAAGUAGUGUCUAUUCCCCCGAAUCGAGGGUUAGAAAAACGGGUAGCUUUAUUUACGAGGACUUCAUGCCAACCGAUGGUACAGACGUUAAGGUUUAUACUGUGGGGCCUGAUUAUGCUCACGCGGAAGCUAGAAAGUCGCCAGCGCUCGAUGGUAAAGUAGAACGUGACAGAGAGGGAAAGGAAAUACGUUACCCAGUAAUAUUAAGCAAUGUGGAGAAGAUGAUUUCAAGGAAAGUGUGCCUUGCAUUCAAACAGGCUGUUUGCGGAUUUGAUUUGUUAAGGGCCAACGGCAAAUCAUUUGUGUGUGACGUGAACGGAUUUAGUUUCGUUAAGAACUCCAACAAGUAUUACGACGAUUGUGCGAAAAUUUUGGGGAAUAUGAUUUUAAGAGAAUUGGCACCAACUUUGCACAUUCCUUGGUCGGUACCAUUUCAAUUGGACGACCCGCCCAUCGUACCCACCACUUUCGGAAAAAUGAUGGAGUUACGAUGCGUGGUGGCUGUAAUACGUCAUGGCGAUCGAACACCUAAACAAAAAAUGAAAGUGGAAGUUCGACAUCCUAAGUUUUUCGAAAUAUUUGAAAAAUACGAAGGAUACAAAAACGGCUACGUAAAGCUGAAACGCCCCAAACAACUACAAGAAAUUUUAGAUACAGCGCGUUCUUUGCUGGCGGAGAUACAGCACCACGAAGCCGAUCCAGAAACGGAGGAGAAACAGGGUAAACUAGAGCAAUUGAAAAGUGUCUUAGAAAUGUAUGGACAUUUUUCUGGCAUUAAUAGGAAAGUGCAAAUGAAAUACCAACCUAAGGGUAGACCACGUGGCUCCAGCUCCGACGAUGGUAAAACACAACUUAAUCCUCCCGCCGAACCGUCAUUGGUGUUAAUUUUGAAAUGGGGCGGAGAGCUGACGCCGGCCGGACGCAUUCAAGCGGAAGAGUUGGGAAGAAUUUUCCGUUGUAUGUACCCCGGGGGCCAAGGUAGACAUUUGGCCGGAGAGUACGCUGGUGCACAAGGAUUGGGUUUAUUAAGGCUACAUUCGACGUUCCGCCACGAUUUGAAAAUCUACGCAUCGGACGAAGGGAGAGUGCAGAUGACUGCCGCGGCAUUUGCAAAAGGCCUACUCGCAUUAGAGGGCGAGCUCACACCAAUUUUAGUACAGAUGGUGAAAAGUGCCAAUACAAACGGAUUAUUAGAUAACGACUGUGAUAGUAGCAAAUACCAAAAUAUGUGUAAAUCUCGCCUGCACGAAUUAAUGCAAUUAAAUAGGGAUUUUAGUGCAGAAGAUAUUGAAAAAAUUAAUCCUUGCAAUUCUUCAAGCAUAUCGGAUGCCUUAGAUUUUGUAAAGAAUCCAUUCAGAUGUUGCCAGCAUGUUCACGAACUUAUUAAGUCGCUGCUCAACAUCGUCCGCCUGAAAAAGGAGGAUUCAAAAGCGAAAGACGUGGUUUUGUACCACGGCGAGACGUGGGAGUUGAUGGGACGCCGGUGGGGAAAGAUUGAGAAAGAUUUUUGUACCAAAAACAAACGGUUUGACAUUAGCAAAAUACCAGAUAUUUAUGAUUGUAUAAAGUAUGAUCUGCAACAUAAUCAACAUACCCUUCAGUUUGAACAAGCUGAGGAAUUGUAUGUAUAUUCGAAGUACUUAGCCGAUAUUGUGAUUCCGCAAGAGUAUGGUUUAACAGCACAAGAGAAAUUGUCUAUUGGACAGGGUAUAUGCACUCCUUUACUUAAAAAAAUUAGAGCGGAUCUUCAGCGUAAUAUAGAAGAACUGGAUGACGAGACAGUCAAUCGACUGAAUCCGAUAUAUUCACACGGCGUUUCCAGUCCAGGCAGACACGUACGCACCAGAUUGUACUUCACCAGCGAGAGUCACGUGCACUCCCUAAUUACCUGCCUUCGUUACGGCGGUUUAUUCAAUGUCGUUACAGAUGAACAGUGGCGACGUGCGAUGGAAUAUGUUUCUAUGGUAUCCGAGUUAAAUUACAUGUCUCAGGUGGUAAUCAUGCUCUAUGAAGAUCCCACAAAGGAUCCUUCGAGCGAUGAACGCUUUCAUGUCGAACUUCACUUUAGUCCUGGAGUCAAUUGCUGUGUUCAAAAAAAUUUACCUCCUGGUCCCGGUUUUCGACCGCACUCUCGCAACGAUUCUGUAGCUAGCAGAAGCACGAGUGGAAACAGUUCAGAUACUGCGACUCCUGACGAAUCCAGAAGUAGUAGGUAUUCAACUUGCAUCGACGAAGAAAUGGAGAUGAGCAUUGAGGAACGACAAAACAAUAACAAUAAAGGGAUACAUUUUCAGCUUAGUCCUAGCGAUUUUUCUCCAACUUCACCCUGUAGACAUUCCCUUCACAAAUCGUCACGAUCCAUACCUAUGGGAUCUUGUCAUACUGUUAGCGGACACGAGGCGAUGAAUUUAGCCAAAAGGUUAAAUGAAGAGUUGGCCCAACAGGCGCAUAGAGAAAAGUAUGGUUAUAAGCCAGAGAGAGCAAAGAGUCCCGACAUUGAGGCUAGAUCGAGAAGUUACGAUCAGUACGCUAUGACUGCAAGAAUGCAAGAGGUUAGCAGUGGCAGCAGCUGUAGCAAACGUCACCGUCACUCUAUUGCAGGGCAAAUGACCUACUACAAAAUGUUGGGAACUGGUUAUGGUCCCCUAACAUUUAAAAAGGUCGCGGGAGAGAAUACGAACUCGCUGUUCUCUACAGCGGUCAUAUCCGGCAGUUCCAGCGCGCCCAAUUUAAGGGAUAUGAUACCGAGCACAGCUAGCGUCUCAGCAUUAGAAGGUAUCGGUGGAGUGCCAGCAAUAAGGCCGCUGGAGACUUUACACAAUGCCUUGUCCUUACGCCAGUUAGAUGUUUUUUUAGAAAGUAUGACCUUAGCUCCGAUUCUUAAAACGCCAUCGUCCACACCACCAAAAGUUCCUUGUACGCCUUCGACUACUCCUACGAAUACAUCUCGAGCACCAGGUUGUAGUAGAUGCAAUAGUCAUUCGCCGCCUUUGAAGUUGCAGUCUCCCUCUAACAGUAUAGGUUGGAGUGGUCCGCCUAGUUUCAUAUCAAGUGGUAGUGGUCCCUCUUCACCCGGUACGUCAGACCUUCACCAGUGCUCCAAAGAAAGCAUGGAAACCUUAUCAAGCAUUAUAAGUGAUGGAUAGAUCGUAGAUAGGUUAAAUUGUGAUUAUUCUAAAAACUGUUAUAGUAAAUUGAAAAGAAAA